AUGAAGCCAUUCUUGGGCCUACGAGGCCCGUCGCUCAACAGAGCGACUAUCCUGCUUGUCGUCAUGCCCGCUAUGCUCUGCUACGGCUACAACCUUUCUGUCGCUGGAGGCGUAUUGACCUCCCCAUCAUUCGUUGCAACGUUUCCACAGAUGGACACGUUGAAUACCAAGGGCCCCGUGCAACAUAAGAACUCGCUGGUACAAGGAACUGCGCUUGCUCUGCUAACUGUUGGGGCCAGCCUCGGCUCUCUAUCCUGCGUUUGGCUGGGUGAUCUUCUCGGCCGCCGGCUUGUUAUUCUCAUAGCCGCCUGUGUCACUAUCAUUGGGGCAAUCCUGAUGUCUACGUCCUUUUCCCUGGCGCAGUUCAUCGUCUCCAGGCUAGUCCUGGGACUAGGCACAGGAGGCUGCACCGCCACCAUUCCCGUCUGGCAGUCUGAGAUAUCUAAGGUCACGAAGCGUGGGGCGCAUGUUGUAACCGAGGGCAUCUUCAUCGGCGGCGGCAUCGCCAUCGCGCUGUGGAUUGACCUAGGCUUCUAUUUUAUCGGCAAUAGCUCGGCCUCCUGGAGAGUACCUUUCGCACUUGAGAUUGUCUUCUUACUCAUUGUCGUCGGCUUUAUUUUCACGUUGCCGGAGUCACCGCGCUGGCUGAUCAAGAGAGAUCGAGAGCAGGAAGCUCGCCUGGUCCUGGGCGCCCUGGGGAACCAUCCAGUGGAGUCGCCGCAGGUCACGGCGAUGGUGCAUGAGAUCCAGCAGUCAUUCCAGAUUGAGCACACUGGGAGCCUCUGGAGUAUAUUCUCCAUGGGCCCGUCACGGAACCUGCAUCGAACCCUCAUCGCCGCUGCUGCACAGAUGUUCUUCCAAAUCUCCGGCGUCAACAUGAUCACCUUUUACGCGACGGCGAUCUUCCAGGAAAAGUUGGCUUUUGGCGCGACAAAUGCCAGAGUCCUCGCCGCUGCCAUGACCUCCUGCCAGGUUGUCGGUGGGCUGGUCGCUUUCUGGCUGAUCGAACGCGCCGGUCGCCGCCAACUAAUGCUGUCCAGCGCAAUCGGCAUGGCCGUCUGCAUGUCUGUCCUCGCCGCCACCACGGCCUACCAGGAUAGUCAGCCGGCUCUCGCUACCGCAGCAGUCUUCCUCUACCUGUAUAACCUGAUAUACCCCAUUGGGUUCCUGGGCCUGCCGCUUCUCUACUCGGCCGAAGUCUCGCCGCUGCAUCUCCGCGCGGCGAUCAGCGGCCUCGCCAACUCGGUUCUCUGGCUAUCCAACUUUCUGGUCGUUGAGGUGACGCCUGUUGCAUUUAACAACAUCGGCUACCGCUAUUACAUCAUCUACGCAGGCAUCAACGCGGCGAUUGCGGGUGUCGUGUAUCUUUGCUUCCCGGAGACCACGGGCCUCUCGCUGGAAGAGAUAGACGAGGUCUUCCGCCAGUCACAGGGUGUUUUGGAUCCAGCUAGGAUUGCAAAGAAGAGACUCGCGAUCACCGAGAUGAGUACUGUCAGCAGGUCAUUAUAA